AUGGACCAACAAUCCAUCCUUGUAAAAAAACCAUAUGUUGUGAAUCUUCUAAAAAAUCCUCGGAAUGUGGGUAAUAAUGGGAUUUUAUGUGGAACUCGGAACGGAAAGCUUUUGGAGACUCGGUUUGGAACACGGAAUAUCAGAACUCUCUAUAAAGCAGGAGCUUUAAAGAACAUUGUGGAAGAAAUUGAAAAAUACAAAGUGCCAAUAGUCGCAAUACAAGAAAUUCGUUGGCUAGGAAAUGGUAAUGUUCAGUCUAGUAAUUCAACUAUCUUUUUUAGUGGCAAAGAGACAGGCAAACAUGAACAAGGAGUAGGUUUCGUAGUUAGAAACUCCAAAAUGUCAAGCAUUAAACGUUUCAUGCCAGUGAAUGAACGUCUGUGCUACCUGCAAAUGGCUGGAUGGAAUUUCGAUAUAUGUAUAAUUAACGGUUAUGCCCCGACAGAGGAUCAAGAGGAGGAAGUGAAAAAUAUUUUCUAUGAGGAUCUAGAGAGAUUAUUUGACUCUCUACCAAACAACUGCAUCAAGAUAAUUGCUGGUGACCUGAAUGCGCAGGUCGGUAAAGAACAAUUUCUUAGACCAACAAUAGGCCAAGAGAGCUGGCACCCAGUAUCUAAUGAUAAUGGGUUGAGAUUAGUUGGCUUUGCAGAAUCGAAAAACCUUAUUAUAAGCAGCACCUAUUUCCCUAGAAAGAACAUUCAUAAGCACACGGGGACUGCCCCAGACGACAGAAGUAAAUUAAGAGAUCAAAAGGAAAUCACGGAAUACCAAAACAAAAUAAAGGAUGGAUUGAACAGCUUUAACAUAAUACAAGGAGAAUUGAGUAAUGUAAUAGAAUGGACCCAAGUAAAGGAAUCACUAAAUAAAGCAGCAGAAACUCUCCGAGUAACCAAGGGAAAAAGUAAGAAUCACUGGUUUGAUAAUGAGUGUCGAGACGCGAUAAAAAAUCGAAAAGCAGCAAGAGUUAAAAUGAUACAAAAUCCUUCGGCUUCAAAUUUACAGGAAUAUGCAGAGCUUCGCGCAAGGUCAAAUAGAAUAAUUAGGCAAAAGAAAAGAGCAUCAGAAAAAAAUGCCCUAAAUGACAUUGAGUCAUAUAAAAAGGACCCGAAAAUGUUCUUUGAAAAAUGUAAAUCAAUAAAAGAAGGCUUUAAAUCUCGUACCUAUCUUAUGACUAAUGACGAUGGCAGCCUCAUAUCAGACCCUAAAAUGAUCAUAGACAAGUUUCAAACAUAUUUUGAGAAUCUAUUAAAUAAUAAAUCUGACGAUGAAACAAACAAUACAGAUGGAUCUAGAGAACCGGCUGAGGAUCAAAUAUAUGUUACAGUGGAACCAGAAGUGCCGGAACCUAGUUUGGAGGAGAUUAAAUCAAUAGUGGAGUCACUGAAGAACAACAAAGCUCCAGGAGAGGACAACAUAAAUCCGGAGUCACUCAAACUUGCUGGCCGAGACCUCCUGGAAAACUUACACAAAACCAUCUCAACUAUAUGGGAGCAAGAAAAACUAGAAAAGGGUUGGAACACCGCUAUUAUUUGCCUGACUUACAAAAAAAGGAGACCCCAAGAAAGUGGAAAAUUACCGUGGCAUAUCCCUUUUGAACACUGCUUACAAGGUCUUGUCAAUAGCCAUUUUACAUAG